UGAUUUCACACUUUCCAUUGAAACAUUAGACAAUUAUCAUCGAUGACCAUCGAAAUAAUUGAGAAAUAUGCAAAAAGUAGAGAUAAAAAACUCCAAGAAACUACAGUAAAUGAAAAACCUAUUUUUAUUCAACUUGAUAUCAAAAGUGUUGAUGUCACAGGGUCAAUCAAUAUGAAACUACAAACUGCAUUGACAAAUACUUAUGCUGCAGCUGGACGGAUUGUCCUGUCCAAAGAAACAUGUUUUUCAACACAAUCAAAGGUCGAUAGGUAUCCCUUUCAUGUUAUCACCACCUGUGUAUACAUAUUUACGUGCAUUUACAAGGCAGUUACAUUGGUAGAUUAGGAGAAUCUACGUCCGAUUCAAAGAACAUAUUCCGAAAAGUCUAAAGGUCAAAUGGAUUCAUUUCCAAUCACCUUCGUAUUUAUGAUUAUAUCAAUAUCUGUAUUAACUCUGAUUUUAAAAUAAUAUAGGUUGUAAACAGAAGAUGAGAAUCUAACAAAAUAAAAUGAAUUCAUGUUAUUC